AUGGCAGAGGCGUUUAUUGCCGCUCUACGACGAUUCAUCGCGAGAAGAGGUGAAAUAAAAACAAUAAACAGCGAUAACGGAACCAAUUUUGUUGCAGCGAAUCGAUUGUUACACGAGUUAACAAUCAUCGAAAAAGAGGAGUUCAACGAUGAGGUAGCAAAUGAGCUCACGACACAAGGCAUCAUGUGGAAGUUUUCACCACCAGCGGCACCUCAUUUCAACGGCCUUGUAGAGGCUGGCGUAAAAACAAUAAAAGCGCAUUUGAAAAGGGCAUUGGGUGAGCAAAAAUUCACUUUCGAAGAGCUAUCAACAUUACUGGCUCAAAUCGAAGCAGCGGCAAAUUCAAGACCACUCACACCUAUGUCUUGCGACACAAACGACAGCACGAUACUAACACCAGCGCAUUUUUUGCUAAAUUCAUAUCCAGUAGCAAUUGCAAACGAAAAUUUUGAUGAGGUGAAGUUAAAUUGUCUCGAUCGUUGGAAAAAAGUUCAGCAAACGGUGAGGCAGUUCUGGCAUCGCUGGCAGAAUGAAUAUCUGCACACAAUUCAACAAAGAGCAAAAUGGCACACGCCAAACGACGCAAUAAAAAAAGACGACUUAGUGCUGAUAAGUGACUCAGCACCUGUGGGCAAAUGGCCCAUGGGCAGAGUGUUAGAGGUUCAUCAAGGACAAGAUGGACUCACGCGAGUGGCCACCGUUAAAACGGCCAACAACACGUUAAAACGGCCAAUAACCAAAUUGGCACCAUUACCAGUCGACCGUAGCAGUCAAACAUCGACAACGUCCAUCAGCGAAGAAAAAGAAAAAAAUGAAAAAAUCAAAACAAAAACCGUUAACCAAACUUUGAUUUCGCUGCUAGUGAUCGUUGCAUUAGCCACAAUGACAAAAAAUGGAGUAAACGCGGCUCCAAUUGGAUCAACUGUGGAGCGCGUACGGAGAAGCCCUGAUUUUUGGCUGGCUGGGCAUUAUUACGACAAGCUAGCAACCGAAGACAUAGCCAUCCAUAAAACCAUCGCCGAGCUGAAAACCAGCAGUCAGCAUCAAUACAGCGUGGUGGACGAGAGGUUGUGUCGAUAUCACACAAUUGUAACUGAUCAUUGA